UUGUUUCGAACCCAUCAUGGCGACGUUCUUAGCGAAAAGUGCGAGGCUAGUCGAAAAAAUAGCUCUAGGCCAAUCUUCAAGGAUUUUAGCAGUGGCACCAUGCUUAUUUGGUCAGCACAGACGUCACCUGUCCCUGCACGAAUACCUGAGCAUGGACCUUAUGCGAGAGGCAGGCAUUAAUGUGCCUCGUAGUGGCACUGCCUCUACACCAGAUGAGGCAUACGAAGUGGCAAAGGAACUAGAAUGUGAGGAUCUUGUCGUGAAGGCGCAGGUGCUCGCCGGAGGUCGCGGGAAAGGUCACUUCCAGGCGCCGAGCAACCUGAAGGGCGGAGUGAAGAUUGUCUACUCCACCGAGCACCUCAAACUCACCGUGCCGAUUGUCGUCAGGCUACAAGGCACCCACGUCGACAACGCCCGGGCACUGAUAGCCGCCAGUAAUCUACGAAUACUCGCCUGCGACACCCUAGACGAGGCGGCAAGAAUGGCCGUCAAGUUGUCUCACAUCGUCACGCUGGCGAGGGAGGCCGAGGUGGACGUCAACUUCAACCUGCCGAUCUAGACGGGCGCCGCGCCCCGGGCCGCACCGGCCGUGGUCGCAGCCGGUGCUGUGGUGGUGGCAGUCUAGAAGCGAGCUUCCCCCUUCCGUCGUCGUCGUCGUAGAGGUUGGCUAGUCAGGCUUCGCGGCUCUGCACGCGCGACACCCCCCGCCGCUGAUGUGAGCGCACUGGUGUCCGGAGUGUCCAGAGUGAGGCGUCGUCAAUACCGCAUACACACCCUAACCUAACCCUACUACUGCUGCUACAUAGAGUACACACAUAGAAUACAUAGGUAGUACUCUACUACAUACAGUACAUGCACCCUAACCCUGCUACCGCUGCAUAGAGUAUGCACCUUAACCCUACUACUGCAAUAUAGAGUACACAUAUAGAAUACAUAGAUAGUACUCUACUACUUACAGUACACACCCUAAGCCUACUACCGCUGCAUAGAGUACACACAUAGAAUACAUACACUGACAUAGAUAGUACUCUACUACUUACAGUACACACCCUAAGCCUACUGUUACUAUAUAGAGUACACACAUAGAAUACAUUGGUAGUACUCUACUACUUACAGUACACACCCUAAGCCUACUGUUACUAUAUAGAGUACACACAUAGAAUACAUAGGUAGUACUCUACUACUUGCAGUACACACCCUAAGCCUACUACCGCUGCUACAUAGAGCGCACACAUCGGUUUUCGUGUUGAUACUUAACACGUAUCUGCAUCAUCAUAGAUUGAAGAUGGAAUUAGAUCGAAGUGGCUACGCACGCGUCACUCGUUUUUUUUAAACUGACAACGACGCUGCAUCUGCAACGAAAGUAAUUAUCCACAACAAUUAAUUCAGAUAUGUGCAGAUUCCCUGCGAACUAUCUCGUUAGCGGGGAGGUUUUUUUUAACGAGGAUGCAAUGCAGAUCAGCACACAGUUCCAUUGUUACGAUGUUGUUUUGUUAAUUUUUUUUUCUCGUUUGAUAAAAUUAAAGUUGUUUAUAGCUUGUUACGAACAAAAGUUUGAUGCAAAAUUAGAAGUAUAUUGAUUUGCGUUGGUAGCUAGGAGGAAAGGUAUAUCUUUUUGCGCUUUUUCUAAAUUUUGUAUCAGAGGUUUUGAUACCACAUGUGUUUUCCUCUCUGUAGCCGCUACUAACAAACGUACAGUGCGUUAUGGCGUAAAUGUAAAUGGGAAUCGAAAAUAAAAAAUAUUUCAUAGUAUUUAUUUAUUUAUAAGGUGGAAAAGGGUAAUAUUUUUUAAUAGAGAAUACACCAGCAUUAAUUCAUGUCAGCACUAUCUGGUUACAUCGGGGUUUCAUUAUGCUACAUACCAUAAUCUUCAUAUUUGUUAGGAGUAAAUAAAACAAUUUUUUUUAAAUCUACCGAAUGGUGUUCUUUUCUAUCAGUGUUGGAGACAAAAUUGCACUUUCAUAUUUUGCAUGCUUCAAAUCUUCAGUGUUUCUAAAUAAAAUAUUACAGUUAUAAAAAAACGCGAGUUCUCACUAGUAGUUUGGUGCAAGUUGUUAAAUAUUAUUAAAUAUUAUAACGGACCAAUUGUUACACAUUCUGAAGCAUGUUUAUUAAAGUGUAACAUGUGUCAUCCCUGUGACCGACGGUAGAAGAAUGGCAAUAUUCCAAACAUUGAAAGUUUUUAUUUUAAGAGCAGAUUUUUUGUGAUUUUUCAUUAAUAUUGAACAGCAAAACAUGAUAUGUAGCAUAAAUAAAACCGGAUUUGACUGAAAGUAA